GGCUUUUAUAUAUGCAUCUUAGAUUGCUCCAUUCUCAUUCCUACCAAAGAAAGAGAAUCCCAAUUGUAGCUAGGCAGGUCUUCUCCUCGUAUCCUUUUUUUUUUUUUUUUCUCAUUCCAUUUUUCUUCGAUAAUUACAUUCCAAAUCCCACAUGCAUAAAAGCCACAGCACCUCAAAUUGGGAUUUCUGUUGUGUUGACGUAAUUAUGCCAGUCUUUGCUGCUUGUUCUUGCUUAUCCAAGUUUGGACAAUUUGCCUAGGUUAUGAACUUGAAGAAGGCUACUGAAUUGGGCUUACCUGGUUCAAAAAAGUCAAAAUCAGGUUUCAGUAAUUUGUUGUGCCUGUCUUAUGAAUCGUAAUUUAUAGUAAUUCGUUUAGAAUAGAAUUUUCCAAACAUAAAUAAAUGAUCUUUUGGGAAUCAAAAACUAAAUUAGGCCUUUGUUUAUGAAUUGAGAACAAGGCCUUUGUUCAUGUGUCUGGCCUUAUCAAAUUUUUUCAGGGUAAAUAACACAAACCACUCUCACGGUUUGGACUUCAACAAACUAUUGAAAACUUCUAGACUACAAUCAAAGGAAAAAAAGUUUUUUUUUUUUUUCUUGAAGGAUAUAAUUUGGUGUCUCUUUUAUUAUUAUUAUUAGUUCGUAUAUUUUCGGCCGCAGUUGUACCUAUUAAAACAUCACAACAAAGCUGGAUAUUAGUCUUAUGCGCUGACUACCAAAGUGGGUAAACAAUGAUUGCUUGUUUCAUGCGUGCUUUUUUUCUUUUUUUUUUUCCUUAAUGUUAUGAGUACAUUUGUUUUAUUUACGCAAUGCUGCCACGUUAAAUGUUGAGACUCAAACUUUUCCCCAGUUAUUCAGUACUACCAGGGAAAAGCUCCAUUAACUAUUUCUCAAAAAUAAAUAUUUUCAGGCGUCAAACUUUCGAUACUUAUAUCCAUCACCACCUGUUCGAUGAAAUUCCCCAGAAAGAUAUAUCUUCCCUCAACUCUCUGCUCAACUCCCACACACGCAAUGGGGAAGCUGUUGCUACGUGGGAUCUCUUUCUUAAAAUGCACUGCACCCGCACUGAUCUCAAUUCCUACACAUUCACACCCGUCUUGACUGCCUGCGCGGCGCUUCUAGACCCGAAACGUGGGCACCAAGUUCACGCCUUGAUGAUCAAAUUGGGAGUGGAUUGUGAGAUAGUGCCCAAAACUGCCCUGAUCGACCUGUACUCCAAAUAUGGGCAGCUGGGAGACUCGGUUUCUGCAUUUUAUGAGAUGCGUUACAGAGAUGUGGUCGCUUGGAAUGCUAUUCUUUCCAGCUAUUUGCGCCACGGGUUGCCGCGAAAAGCCCUCGAAUUGUUUGCGGAUAUGAGGAAGGAAAGAGUGGAGUUCAGUGAAUUUACUUUGUGCUCUGCGCUUAAAGCUUGUGCUUCCUCUAGAGCUUGUCAGCAGGGUAAGCAAAUUCAUGCCGUAGUUAUAGUAAUGGGCCGUGAUUUGGUCGUCCUGAGCACUGCUUUGAUUAAUUUUUAUUCGCACUUGGGCCAGAUUGAUGCAGCAAUGAAAAUCUAUCGUACCCUCAGCUGCAGAACGGAUGAUGUUAUGUUCAAUACCUUGAUUUCUGGGUGUGUUCGUAAUAAAAGAUAUGAUGCAGCUUUGUCGAUUAUGAGUUUAAUUCGCCCUAACGCUGUGGCACUUACUAGUGCCCUAUCUGCUUGUUCUGAGAAUUCGGAUAUUUGGAUUGGGAAGCAGAUACACGGAGUCGUUAUACGUCAAGGAUUUACUCAUGAUACUCAACUGUCUAAUGCAGUGUUAGAUAUGUAUGCUAAAUGUGGCAAAAUUUGGGAGGCAAGUUUAGUUUUUGACAGAAUAGCUAGAAAAGAUGUGGUGUCUUGGACGAGCAUGAUAGACGCAUAUGGUGUUCAUGGCUGUGGGGCUGAAGCUAUUGAUUUAUUCAAGAGGAUGGAAGGAAAGGAAAAUACUAAUGUGUUGCCAAACUCUGUGUCAUUUCUAGCUGUUUUAUCGGCCUGUGCUCAUUCGGGUCUAGUGGAACAGGGCCGCAAGUACUUUUACAUGUUUCAGGAGAAGUAUGGCUUAGUGCCAGCUCCAGAGCACUAUGCUUGCUUUAUAGAUAUACUGGGCCGAGCUGGUCAAAUUGAAGAAGCGUGGUCUCUUUUCCCUGGUAUGGUAGACAAAAAUAUUAAGCCUUCUCCUGCAGUUUGGGCAGCGGUAGUGAAUGCCUGCAGAAUUAACCUAGAUGUUGAGAGAGGUGAAUUUGCUGCUAAAUGCCUCAUUCAAUUGGAACCAAAUAACCCAGGGAAUUACGUAGCACUUUCCAACUUUUUUGCAGCCAUUGGAAGAUGGGAUUCAGUUGAUGAGUUGAGGAGCAUUAUGAAGAGAAGGGGAAUAAUUAAGGGAGGAGGAGGUAGUUGGGUCACUAUGCACAAGUUUGGUGAUAAAAUUGAGCAUGAACAUUCUGGGACAGCAAGUUUUGGAAAUCUACAGGAGGUUUUGCUAAGGAAUUACUACGUUUAGUACACAAAUUUGUUAUGUCAUGACAGUAUAGUUGUUAUCCUGUUUGGCAAUUAAUUAUUGUCCAGAAAUAGUCGGAGGGUUUCUUUCUUAAUAUAUAGUGAUCUUUGAAUAUGAUUUGUCUGCACUUCUUCUAAUGUUUGAGCUGGACGCUUUUAGAUGAAGUCGUGUUCUGCCUCCACUUUCUCUCCUAGAAAUCAAGUCACGCGUUGAUCCUUCUUUUUAA